CACACUGGCAGGAGCAAGCUGUGUGUUGCAGAGGAAGGAGAGGCCAGGGCCACACAGCCUGGCCAAGCCCCAAGUCACCAUGGCUCUGCCCAGAGGACUGGGGGCAAACCCACUGCCACCCCUGGCUGCUGUGGACACGGGAGAGGUUCAGGCAGGACAAAGGUCAAACGUCCAAAGAUCAGCAGCUAUCUAGCCUGCAGAGCAGGCAGCAGCAGCCUGGUAGGCCCAGCUGCAGGCUAUCAGCGCCCCCAAGGGCAUGGCCCCCCAUAGGGUCCCGAGGAAGGUGGGAGUGGUGGGCUAUGGCCGCCUUGGACAGUCCCUCGUCUCCCGCCUGCUGGCUCAGGGAUCUGGACUGGGCCUUGAGCUUGUCUUUGUUUGGAACCGCGACCCAGCCCGCAUGGCAGGGAGCGUGCCCCCAGCCCUGCAGCUCCACGACCUCUCUGCCCUUGGGGAAAGGCACCCUGAUCUGGUGGUAGAAGUGGCCCAUCCCAAAAUAAUCCACGAAUCUGGGGCACACAUCCUGCACCAUGCCAACCUGCUGGUGGGGUCCCCAUCAGCCUUGGCCAACCAGACCACAGAGCAGCAGCUCCUGGACGCCUCCCACCGCUGGGGCCAUGCCGUGUUUGUGGCCCGAGGAGCCCUGUGGGGGACUGAGGAUAUCUCCAGAUUGGAUGCAGCUGGGGGUCUCCAGAGCCUGCGAGUCACCAUGGCCACACACCCAGAUGGCUUCCGGCUGGAGGGACCCCUAGCUUCAGCCCACAGCGCUGGGUCACGCACUGUGCUCUACGAAGGCCCUGUCCGCGGGCUCUGCCCUUUUGCUCCUCGAAACUCCAACACCAUGGCAGCUGCCGCCCUAGCUGCGCCCAGCCUGGGUUUUGACAACGUGAUCGGGGUGCUUGUGGCAGAUCUCAGCCUCGUGGACAUGCACGUGGUGGACGUGGAGCUGAGAGGCCCUCCGGGGCCCACAGGCAGGAACUUCGCCGUGCACACCCACCGGGAGAACCCCGCAGAGCCAGGCGCUGUCACCGGCUCUGCCACGGUCGCCGCCUUCUGGUGCAGCCUCUUGGGCUGCUGCGAGCUACCCUCCAGGCCAGGGAUCCAGCUCUGCUAGACACCAGCUCCACGGGAGGACACGCUACCUUCGCCCAUUUCUGACCUGGCCGCAUUUCCCAAGAGCUGCCUCUUUUCUCAGUAAAGCUCAGAGGGUCUUGCUCACCCCA